GUCUCCAAAACCCUAAAAUUCCCCCAAUCCCUAAUAUAUAUAUUCCACUCCUUCCAUUUUAGGGUUCUUUACUUCGAGCAUCCUCCCGUUCUUUCCCCUCUACACUCUACAAUCCCCCCAUCCGCCCGCCCCGACUCCCAAAUCCGCCAAUGGCGCAAGAGCAGCUCGUCCUCCGCGGCACCAUGCGUGCCCACACCGACUGGGUCACCGCCAUCGCCACUCCCAUCGACAACUCCGACAUGAUCGUCACCUCCUCCCGCGACAAGUCCAUUAUUCUGUGGUCCCUGACUAAGGAAGACCGCAACUUCGGCGUCGCACGCCGCCGCAUGAAUGGCCACUCUCACUUCGUCCAAGACGUCGUCCUCUCAUCCGAUGGCCAGUUCGCUCUCUCCGGCUCUUGGGACGGCGAGCUCCGCCUCUGGGACCUCCAGACCGGCGUAACCGCCCGCCGCUUCGUUGGCCACACUAAGGACGUCCUCUCUGUCGCCUUCUCCGUCGACAACCGCCAGAUCGUGUCCGCCUCCCGCGACAAGACUAUCAAGCUCUGGAACACCCUCGGCGAGUGCAAGUACACCAUCCAGGACCAGGACGCCCACUCCGACUGGGUCUCUUGCGUCCGUUUCUCGCCCAACACCCUUCAGCCCACCAUCGUGUCCGGCUCCUGGGACAGGACCGUCAAGAUCUGGAACCUGACCAAUUGUAAGCUCAGAUCGACUCUGGCCGGACACGCUGGGUAUGUGAACACUGUUGCUGUGUCCCCUGACGGGUCUCUGUGCGCCAGCGGCGGGAAAGAUGGGGUGAUUCUGCUUUGGGAUCUGGCUGAGGGAAAGAAGCUCUACUCACUGGAUGCCGGAUCUAUUAUCCACGCGCUCUGCUUCAGCCCGAACAGGUACUGGCUAUGUGCUGCCACUGAGUCCAGCAUUAAGAUUUGGGAUUUGGAGAGCAAGAGUGUUGUUGUGGAUCUCAAGGUGGACCUCAAGCAAGAGAGUGGUGAUAUUUCUGCUGAAGGGACCCAAACCGCUUCUGGGAAGACCAAGGUCAUAUACUGCACCUGCCUCAACUGGAGUGCCGAUGGAAGUACCCUUUUCAGUGGUUAUACUGAUGGUGUUGUCCGAGUUUGGGGUAUCGGACGUUAUUAGAGAGCAGAGCGGGUUUGCUUUAGUUACUAUGCUUUUAAUUUACUAGUUUUUCUUGGAAGUCUAGAAAAAGGGAAGAAUAUUUGGACUCUAUUUCAUGGUUUUAAGCUGUUGGUGAUUUUAAAUUUUGAGUUUUUUUUUUUUAUUUGGGCACUUGUUGUGUUUUUGUUUGACGAGGGUAUUAUGAGUUUUGCAUUUUUGUUGUGUUCUCUGUUUCUCCUUACUUGGCUCUGGGGUUUUGGUGGAUCAUGUGCAUUUGUGUUUUAUUAAUAUAACCAUUGUGAUACAGUGAAUAACUUUUGUUAUGCUUUCACAUGAGUUGGUAGUUGCUAUUGUUAUAUUGAUACAAGGAUGUAAGAUUGUUGCUAUGGUUUUAUGCAGGCAUGUAAGAUUUAACAGUAGGUAUUCAUUUAAU